GCGUGUAUAUGUUUUGAAUAAAUAUCAGUGAAAUAAAAACUAUAUGACAAGCAUAUUGUAUCAGUAUUACUUGUUGUUCAGUGUCCCUUUCUCUCUGUCUGUUUUCUUCCCAGCUGUUUCCAUCAUGCGCCACAGUGCUUCAGCUUUUGGAUUUGCUUUCGAUGCCAUGCUGGAUGUGUUGUCCUCUGUAAUUGUAUUGUGGCGGUACAGCAACGCAGCAGCUGUCCACUCAGCGCACCGCGAAUACAUAGCCUGUGUUAUCCUAGGUGUGAUUUUCAUACUGUCCUCCUUGUGCAUUAUGGGUAAGGCCAUCCACGACCUGGCCACCAAGCUGCUGCCUGAAGUGGAUGCAUUCCUGUUCAGUGUAUCCAUCGUCAGUGGCUUGGUGUGCAUCUUCCUGGCUGUGAUCAAGUUUAUGCUUGGCAAAGUGCUCACAAGCAAAGUCCUCAUCACUGAUGGAUUCAACUCACUAGUGGGGGGAAUUAUGGGGUUCUCCAUCCUCAUCAGUGCUGAAGUGUUCAAGCAUGAACCCAAGGUGUGGUACCUGGAUGGGACAAUAGGCAUCCUGAUAGGUCUUAUCAUCCUCGCCUAUGGAGUCAAGCUGCUGCUGGACAUGGUCCCACGGGUCCGACAAACCAGGAACUACGAGCGUUUUGAGUGACGGACCACAGAGUAAAAGAAAGAGGGCGAAGAGGAAGGUUUGGGAGCGGGUUGGCUGACUGAUUGACAGGAGAAGGAUGGGGAUUACUGUCCCUACAGUCUCUCCACAGACAAUCACAUUCAGUGCCAGUGGAGACGUCUGUGUCUAUAUAGUCCUUCCAUUCAAAGAUUUGAACUGAGCAUCCAGGCUGAUAUUGAGUGAGGGCGAAUCAAAUUCUUGGCCCCUUUUAAGUGUUUUACAAUUUGGUGUACAUAUAAUACCUUUAUCUGUCUUUUAACAGUGUAUGGGGCAGUCUGUUCUUUCAUGCCUCCACAUUUAAACAAGAUUGAGGAAGUUAACUGUGAAAGGGAGUUAAACCUGCUUAAAAAUAAAGGUUGACUCAGUGACAGAAGAGACAGCAAUGACCAAAUAGUACAGAGACAUGCUUGUACUGCAGCGUACAGGAGACUUAUGGAACCUGAGAGACAGAUUUUUGCACAGCAAGUUGAUGUACAAUACCUCAGUUACACCUCAUUGCCCUGUCAAAACACAGCAGUUUAUUUUUCCCAUGGUUCCUAGAGGCCUUUACUCAGCUGUGCUAUAAAAGGUUGCAGUGUGGCAGAUCAAACUGAUUGAUGUAGCUGAUGUAGCAGUGGAGUAUUAAUGGUGUUUUACCUUCAUAUGACUUGAGAGGAUAUAUCAAUACAAGGCCCAUUUGCCAUAGGGAGCAGGUAUAUAAGCAAACACACAAACACACACACACAGCCAUGUGUUACUAUCUUUGUGGGUACCCUUACCCAAACCUUAACCAUCACAACUACAUGCCAAACCUUAACCCUUGCCCUAACUUUAAUCUAAUUCUAACCUGAACCCUCAAAUCAAGUCAUAACUGUCAAACAGACCUUUAAACUUGUGGGGUGCAGCAUUUUGGUUCCCACAAAGCUGUCAGACUCCACAAGUAUAGUGGAAUCCUGGUUUUUGGACCCCACAAAUAAAUUAAAACAAGCCUGCACACAUUUUUGUUCUUCUAUGCCCAUGGGGACAUCUCAUUGAAAUAAUGCAUUCCCUACCCUCUUACCCUAACCUUAACCAUCAUAACUACAUGCCUAACCCUAGCAUUGACCUAAUUUCAACCUGAUCCCUAAAACCAAGUCUUAACCCUCACAAAGUGACACUAGUGACGAAACCCCAUCACUGCAUUCAAGUUAUAGUCCCCAUCGGGAUAAAAACACACACACACACACACACACACACACACGUGAUUUGCUUAUUUAUCUAGACUGUUGUGGCUGGAGCCGGGAAGCCUAGAGUGGACACUGUUUCAGCAACCUCAUGCCAACGCCAGCUUACAGUUCUGGAGGAUAAAAAUCAGCAGUUUUGGCAUUGAGUGACAUAAGAGAGUCCAGACUUGUCUCAGCCUCCAAUUCACUGACAAUGUGACAGAAGGAAAAUGGCAGAAACCAGCUCAGUUUACUUCAGGUUGCCACUUUUGUUUUUAUUGUUGUUGAAGCUAAAAUGACAAACCCAAGAAUAUAAAUUGUACAUUCACAACUUGCGCCAUCUGCUGACCAGAAGAGGUACCUGCCACACAAUUGUGAAUAUACACUCACCUAAAGGAUUAUUAGGAACACCAUACUAAUACUGUGUUUGACCCCCUUUCGCCUUCAGAACUGCCUUAAUUCUACGUGGCAUUGAUUCAACAAGGUGCUGAAAGCAUG